AGCCUAUCUUAAUUUUUUUUUUCGCUUUUUUUUUUAAUCAUUAAACUCCAGCAGUUGCGGGGUGAGAAUUUAUCAAUGGAAAUACGGUAAGAAACUACAGCCAUGUCACACCUUUAUACGAAUACAUUACAUCAGAAUUAGGUAGAAAAAUGCCACAAUAUAAUGACCUUUUUCGAUCCUUCCGGUAAUUUUGUCAGACCACCGUGUAAUUAAAAGAAGAACACAAGCUGGAGAUAGAAGAACCUGGCUAUUAUUGAUAACUUGUUAGAUCUAUGCCAGUAUUCUAUGUAAAAAUUGGUGUUUAUUGAAAUUGUUCACCGUUCAAAAAUAUGGUAUUUUUUGCCCUUUCCGCCACUCAUAGUUGUACACAUAAUUUUAACCAUGAACUUAAAUAUAAGUGACAUUAUAUGAAAUAUCAUCUUUGUGCUUUCAUUUUGGGAUAUGAAAUGCAGAUUGAAAGCGACCACGGUUAUAUGGAAUGAUGUUUAUGACAUUGAUUUUGAUCUUAUGACCAAAUGCAUUUCUCGUCUUAACGAAGUUGUACAAAUAAUUUCUAGAUUGAACAGGCCUAAUCAAUAGAAUCGUUCUUUCAAUAACUUUAAUAUAUAGUGUAUGGAACCAAUGACUAAAUUGUGUUGGCGAUGUUCAGUAAUAAUUAACCAUGCUUUUAGAAAUACUAUAUUUUCAGCUGACCAGUGGUUAUAUACAGAAAGUAGUUCGAGCUUAGUAAUGAGUUGUGGAUCCGUGUAGAUAUAUUCGAAUCCGGGGGAUAAUUAGUUAAGAAACAUUAAUAUACUUGAUCAGGCUCGUUCAUAGUCAAAAUGUGGUUCGAUUCUAUUUUUAGAUUUUUGUUAAUAUAGAGAAGUUUACCUAAUUAUGAUGUGCGUGAUGUAUGGGAGUGUGUAUUUCAUAGCAUUGCCAAAACACAGACGACAAUUCGUGUUUACUUCUUCCCCAUAAUUUACACAGAUAAAGCCACGCGUCACGUUUAAAUCACUCAAGAUCUUUUAAAAACUAAAAUUCUUCUCUCUGAGGAAAGCUAUUUAAAUCAAAACUAACUUAAAAAUAAACAUUGAAUGGUUUUACUUCAAGAGUGACAUAAGGCCUUAUAUAUUGAUCCUCAAACUGCGCCGCAUCGCUUGUACAACUUCAUCACAGAAUUCUUAUUUAACGGGCACCUGUUACAUUUGACGAUCCGCGAACAUGGGCUGUUGUGAUGACUCUUCCAUUUUGUCCAGAGUGGCCACAGUGGUCAUCAUCGUGUCUUUUGCCUGUUGCACGAUUGCCAUUUUUACACCCUAUUGGUCAAAUCUAGAGGCGAAUGGCAGUGUGAACUACACGGGAUUGUUUUACACCUGUACAAAUGAUAUUUCCAACUGCUUCAACAUAGACAACGUGCUCUCCAUCUACCAAGGAACCAGUUACUAUGACGAUUUCAUAGCCACUCUGUCCCUGCAGAUUGUGGGCUGGGUUGGCGUCCUGGUUGCCAUGGUAGUUAUGAUUGUUUUCUCCUCUUGUGUACCCAACAAAAUCCUCGGCUGGGUGGCUGUCAUAUUCAUGUUGAUCGGAGGUUUAUGUAUUACGAUCAGCCUGAUUAUCUAUGGAGCCUCCCUGACCGAUCUCUACAACUCCCUCCUAAACUGGUCCUUUGGUCUGGACGUAGCUGGCGCGGCCCUGGCGCUCACCGCCGCGGUCCUAAUGAUCGUCAACAGUUGCAUCAUACCGUAGUCUGGCAUCUAGCGGCUGUCAACACAGCUAUGGGGAGAUAAUCCACGACAAGUCUGCAUGGGGCCAGUUCCCAGUCAUAGCUGGGACCGUUCCGUGUAAAACAUCCACAUGACAUUCAACUGACUCAGCAAAGAAUCGAAGUUAUUGACUCAGAUAGUGAGCUUAGUCUCCAGCGCUGCAUUAAUACCUCAAGUGGUCUCAUUACCAGAUACAUUAUACACUGUAUAACAUAUGUCUCUGUUGUUACCCAGAGUGGUCUUUUAUACAUUGAAUAUAGAUUACUAAUGUCACUCCACAUUCCACCUUCAAUAGUGAUACUGUUAAAAAGAGCAGAUCAUGCUUCUUUCUUGCCUCAUGAAAAUAAAUUCUUCCAUCUUCUCCAAAAGUGUGCAAUAUAUUUCUAUACCUCAUAUUGUUAUUCGUAAUAAAAUGCAUUACGGUAA